GUCGCCCGGUCGCUAUCCGAUAUGCCCAUCUGCUAGCACUAUUAGGACUAAAAUUAAUGAUUCACACAUAAUUCAAGCGUAAUUCAGUCGUCGUACUCGUCGUAAGUAAAUUUAGUUAGUCCAGUCAAACUUAGAAAAAAGUUUUUUUGUUUUAUUGCACGCAUUGAGUAUGAUGUUCUAUCUCUCACAGUCGCACGCGUAUAGCACAAUCUCAUCCUAAAAACGUAGUGAUUAUAUGCUCUUUGAUUAUAUGUUCUUUGAUCCCAUCUGAUCCCAUCUACGCAAAUGUCAAAGUAAAAUGUUAUCAACAUAGGUUAUAAUUUUAUAAAUAAGUUUUAUUUGCAUGGUAUUACAAUUAUAUACGUAAGAGAAUAGAAUGCAAAACUACAGUGAUACGCCAGUGUUCAAAAAUGUUGGUAAAAGAUGUUAAAACAUUUAUUUAUCCGCAUACGGGGUAAACGCCACUCGUGCAAUGGAAGACGUUUUACCAGUUAUGUGUGAACCCAUCAAGCUGAAGGACUGCUGUGUGCGGCUCAAGCGGAUUGUUGUGAGCGCAUUCACCGACAACAUGGGAGUUGAUGAUGAUGAUAUCACAAUUUCAUUGAGUGGUGGGAGUCAGUUCGGACUGUCCGUCGCAAACACCGCAAGAGAGCGUCAUGCACAUACUUUUAUCACACGUAAAAAGAAGGACUACCCAUGCGUAAUAUGCAAAAAAGUGUUUACUACACAAUAUAAUUUAAAAACUCAUGAAUUCGUACACACAGGGGAAAAACCUUUCUCGUGUGUCAUUUGUAAGAAAGGAUUUACACAUAUAAGAAAAAAUCUUUCAAAAUUGUAGGGACAAAAUGAAUUUUGAUUAUUUUUUGUGUAAAAACUACAUGUAUUAUGGUAUUUUUAAGAACUGUGUUAGAUAGCAGGGCUACUUAAGUUUCCAA